GUAGCAUUUUGAUAUGCGGUUGGGAGUACAGCAGAUAUAUUUAUUCAUUGUAACAGUCUGCGCAUACGGAUACGGGAGGUGGUUGGUUGGUUGGUAUAUUUAACGCCGGGGCGAGAGAGAAAACAUGCGACAAUAUGUAACCAUAAAAGAAGCUGGGAGUUGGUUAGGCUUAUCAACGUAGAGCGCUCACUUCUGUUGGUUUUUCCGAAUAUCUAGUAUCGGAAUCUUACACACGAGGAUCGGCGUUCACAAUGGGCCUAUACAACGAGCUUCCGAGUAGUAUUGAAUCGGUAGAUGUCAUCGUCGCGGGAGGUGGCACCGCUGGGUGCAUCGUGGCCUCGAGGUUGGCUGAAGCAGACCCUAAUCUCUCGAUACUGGUCGUCGAAUCGGGAAUUGAUGGCGCUGGUUUGCCAAUAGUUGACUACCCCGCAUUGCUCUUAGGGAAUCUAGCACCAGGCUCUCCGACGAUGACUUUCUACGAGGGCAAGGAGUCUGGGAACAGAAAACGCCCAAUCGUAAUACCUGCUGCUAAUGUGCUUGGUGGUGGCUCAGCUGUCAAUAUGAUGAUGUACAGUCGCGCGCAACGUUCUGAUUGGGACUCGUGGAAGACUCCGGGCUGGUCUGCUGAUGAACUCCUACCACUCAUCAAGAAGUUGGAAACAUACCAUGGCCCUGGUUCAAUGGAUGUCCAUGGAUCCAGUGGUCCGAUACAUGUGUCUACCGGCACGUAUUGUGGUACAAGGUCCCAGAAUGACUUCAUUUCCGCCAUGAAUAAAGUGGGGUGGCCAGAAAUCGAAGAUCUGGGAAGCCUGGAUGCUUGCAACGGGGUCCAACGUGCAGUUCGAUUUAUGUCCCCCGAUGGAAAACGUCAGGAUACUGCGUCGCGAUAUUUGCGUCCCCUUCUCCAGGACGGUCAUCAUCCAAACCUCUACGUAGUCGUCAAGUCUCGAGUAGUGCGCGUUUUGUUCGAAGGUGAGAAAGCUAGUGGUGUGGUUUAUAGGUCAGAAGGAGGCACAGACCGAACCAUCAAAGCUACCAAAACGGUUGUAAUUUCUUGUGGAGCUUUUGGGACCCCCGCCAUACUCGAGAGGUCCGGUGUUGGUGAUCCAGAGGUUUUAGGGCGUGCUGGUGUUUCGGUGAUUGCGAAUGUUCCUGGAGUCGGUCGCGGAUACGAAGAUCACCAAUUAAUGAUGUACGCUUAUAAGUCCAGCCUUACUCCCGAAGACACGAUCGAUGGGGUUUUGUUUGGACGUAUGGGCGUCGCGGAGCUCAUCAAAACUAAUCACAAGAUGCUUGGUUGGAACGCGCAGGACGUCACUUGCAAGAUAAGGCCUACCGCGAAGGACAUUGCCGUCCUAAGCCCUGAAUUUCAGGAAGUCUGGAAUGAAGAAUUUAGAGAUAACCCGAAUAAGCCCCUUAUGAUGAUGUCACUAGUGAAUGGCUAUCCUGGAGACCCGAUCGGAAUUCCCCCUGGACAGUACUACGGUAUUUCAACGUUCACUGUCUACCCACACGCAAGAGGUCAUGUCCAUAUAACGGGUCCCGAUUUAAACGAUCCGAUAGAUUUCGAAGCAGGCUUUUUCUCUGACGAGAAAGGGAUCGAUCUUAAAAUGCAUAGAUGGGUAUAUAAGAAGCAGCGCGAAGCAGCUCGCCGUAUGAACGUGUUCCGAGGAGAACUUCCCGGUCAUCACCCUCCAUUUUCAGCAGAGUCCAAGGCGGCGUUGAUUGAUUCGGAAAUGGAUGGGCCGCUGACCGAUGAAAAGGAUAUCGAAUAUUCGGCUGAGGACGAUGCCAUCAUUGACGAGUGGGCGCGUGACAAGGUGGGCACCUGCUGGCACUCGUUAGGGACUUGUAAAAUGGCGCCGAUCGAUCAAUAUGGGGUUGUAGAUCAAAACUUGAACGUUCAUGGAUUCAGGAACUUAAAAGUUGCGGACCUCAGCAUCGUACCGAAAAAUGUCGCAGCAAAUACUAAUCAUACAGCCUUAGUCAUUGGGGAGAAAGCCGCCGAUAUCAUCAUCGAAGAACUUGGAUUAUAUAAUAAAUAGAAAUGGCUUGGGUAAGACACUUAUGGAUAUAUCCAAAACAAUGCAUUUCAAAGAGAGAUUACGUUUACAUGUUUUAUCUUCAUAGAUGGUUAAAUGAAUGUGUUCUUGAUUCUACUAGGGUGGGGGUGUCUGCUCCAUUCUUAUUUCUUCUCAUUUCG